CACACACACUCUCACACACACACACACACACACACACACACACACAUGCAUGCAACAAGUCAGUGCAGCAUGUCGUCGUCGUGUGUGUCUGCACUCACACUCGUCCUCUUCAUCACCACUGGUUGUGAGGCUGAGGUGACAACAUCUUCUCCAGACUACGAGUACGAUGACUACAACUCAACACUCCGCUACAGCUUCUUCAGUAACACAAGCAGUGAUGACCUGGAGAAAUUCCUAAAGGACAGGAAGCACCUGCUGGAUUCACAGGAGGACCAGGACGAAGACUGGGACCAGGACCAGUAUGAAGAUCAAGUGGACGUUACCACGGCCACCCAGCAAGAGAGGGGCGGAGUCACGAUGCGCAACGCUUCAACCUCGACCUUCAUCUGCUCGGGCAUGAUGAUGAUGAUGAUGAUGAUGGUUGCCAUGGAAACACACACGUGACCCUGCAGUGCCGCCCCCCCCCCCCCCCCCCCCCCCCACAAUCGCAUGUGUGACACACACGCAUACACACCAGUUUCACGCAGACAAAAGUCUAUUCUUAAAGUUUGGUUUGCGUGACUUUGAAUGAUGUCUAAUAAAUAUUUUAGUUAAGAUUACAAGCAAUCAUUGUUCAGGCAGUUGACAAAUGAAUAAAUAUGAAUUUAAAGUUUUUUCUUUUACGGUUAUGAAAAGUUGACGUUGAGCAUAAUUUCAUACAUCAUUUCACUGUGUGUAUGUUUUGU